AUGAAGGAUAGCUCUGAGAGGAUGUAUUGCAAUAUUACGGAGAAGUUCACAAGUGCGGCGUCAGCGCUCGUCAUCGGUGAACUCGUCAAGGAUGAAUACUUCACAUUAUUCGAGGCCGUGGGGGCCCUGGAGGACAUAUGGCUUACAGGCGUUGCGGUCGUGCAGAUUAUGGAUUCCAAGAUGGAUAGCGGCUACCUCGCUCCUGGAGAGACACUAGACCAUAAUUACGAUGUGAUGAGAGCCCUACUUCCAGAGGAGGUUUUAGGGAUCAUGGACCAGCUCUUAUGCCAUGAGGUAUAUGCCAUCACCGAUGUGCUUUGCAUGGUUUUGCUCAAAGUAGCAUGGCAAAUGGGCCAUCCGCUCUCGCAGACACUAUUUACAUCAAUAUAUCUCGAUCGCUUGCUAUGGCCGGUCCCCAAGUCUCUCGAAGACGCAAGAUUCGACGACCGGGCUUCACCAGCUCCAGAAAAUGACGACAAUACCGGAGCAGGAGGCAUGGUUAAUAUUGUGCUGAGAGCGUACUGCCUCUCACUGAUCAAGUCAUGCAGCUAUGUUCAUGAGAGGAUCGCAUCGGAGUUUUAUUACGAGGAGGAAGAUUUUAGCACCCAGUUAUACGGCAGGAAGUUACUUCCCAGCGUCAAAGCUAAGGAAAUUAUAGUACUCCUUGAUAAUGCCACUGAAUGGCUGAAUAACGAAGCAAAACCUAUGGAGGAAACCGUUAAGCGCGCACUCCUCGAUCGGCUUGAAUUCCGGCGCCAUUUCCUGGAUUCCCUGGCUUUGGAUCUUGCUCUGGCACAGUCGCGGUCUACGAGAAGCUUACGUUCGACGUUGAACCAAAUAGAUCUUGUGCAGAAAUCUCUUUCAUUAGGGAAGCCUGUCGAAGAUGCCUUUAGCGAAAAGCUUCAGCGGCGACUCGCAAAAUUUAUUAUGGACCUUACAAUCCCGUAA